UCUGCAUCGCCCUUCCUUCGGCCGGCCGCCGGGCGCAUAAAGGCGGCGGGCGCCGAGAAGCGCGGAUCCUCCGUGCGCCCCCCGCCGCUCCAUGGCCCCGCGCAGGCUGCUGCUCCUGCUGGUGGCGUGGCUGCUGGGCGCUUGGGGGCCGCUCCCGACUCCCGCCGCUGCAAGACGUGGCCCCACCGCGCCCCAGAAAGCCCCAGUUAACUGCAGUGAGCCCCCUCAAGUACAAAAUGCAGAGGUUUCUAAAGGGAGCGGCGACGGCAACAAACUGCGGUACUCGUGCGUCAAGAAUUACAAGAGGAAAGCGGGAACGUCCAGCCUGGCCGUGUGCAGGGAGAACGACACAACGAAAGAGUUUCAAUGGGAGGUGCGCCUGAGCUGCAUCCGAGAUCCUUCCCUUCCUGCCACCACAACAGAAGAUCCCAGAAGAGAGGCAGAGACUUCCACCACAGAGACUCCGCAGGCUGCUGGUGUUAACACUUCAGUGGCCUCCGCCGCAGCCCCAUAUGGCAGCGAGACCCCCUCGCCAUCAGCCUCGAUCACCGCACUGCUCAGGACUGCUAAACCAACUAGGCCUGGCAGGGCAACGGAAACCACCAGCGCCCCAGAGGUUGGCAGACAGACUCCUGGCACGGUCAGCGAAAGCUCGGCGAAAUGCGAAAGCUCCACCGCGAAAGCCUCGCAGCCCGCGACUAGCAAGCGCCUCACGGCAGGAGACAGGAGGACAGCUGUGCCCCCCGGGAGAGUCUCAGGGGUCACCCCAGAGCCAAGCGUCCCGGUGCCUCCGAUCGAGAGACAAACAGGUUUGUCACUGGCAGCUGAAGUAGUUCACCUCAUUGUUGCAGCCUCUGCAUUAACCAUCCUUUCCACGUCCUCCUUCAUUUCAUGUUCUUCCCAAGUUAAUAUACUAAUAUUCUUGCGUUUAUCCCAUAUCUAUGUCUGCUAUCUGUCUCCUGGACUCUUCGGUUGCCUUUCUCGGAUUCACGCCGACCCAGUUUUCCUAGGAGCAGGACAGCUCAACCUGUCCUAA